AUAAAUGAACUUUAAAGCACGGUCAUACUGGUUACAUCGCGAUGACAAACUAGCAAAAAAAAAAACAGAAAAAAUAGUAAAUAAUAGAAAAUAUAACAAGUAAACACCAGGCAGACAGUGUCCAGUCAACAUGGUCAUUCCCAAGGAGAUCCUGAGCGACUACAAGGAGCUGUACGAGAAGGCCAACCGUCUGGUGGAGGAGGAGAGUCGUAGUGAUCCGCCCACUGAUCCCUUUCGCUCCCAUUACAAAGCCCGCGAUGUUCUGAGCGAUUUGAAAAGGCAGCUAGACGACCAACUGGUCUCUGUUCAGGCCAGCGAGGAGGAUGGGGGGCAGGAUGACCUCUGCUACCGCUCCCUACUGGCCUUUGUCUGUCGCGAUCUGGGCAGGAUCUAUAUCUACACGGAGGAGUCGUCGGAGGGCGAAAAGCUACUAAAUCGUUGCCUGGAACUAGUCACUCCGCUCAAGAAGCUUCCCCAAGGCAUCAUUCCAUUCAUUGGAGCCAUCAACGAGCUGAGCAUUGUGCUGGCCUCCAAGGAGGAUUACAAAAAGGGUCUGGACAUUCUCAUUGAGGCGGAUACCAGCUACGAGAAUUUUAAGGCCAGUGGCUUGCAAGCCCUAGCCGUACAGGAUAUAUUCAAUCCCCCGGAGGAUGGACAGGAUGCUCCAGCGGCGGGACCCAAGGAGCUGGAAUCUCUGUACACGCUGGUCUCCUUCUACAUGGCCCAGAUGUACGGCCAUCUGGGGGAGCCGGAGAAGUCGGCCAGGUGCUGCCAUCGCACCCUGCACCGGCAACUGGAGUACAAGACGUACGAUGCCAUUGAUUUCGCACUGAACACGGCCACCUUGUCGCAGUUCUACAUUGGAGAGGAGCGCUUCCAGGAGGCGCGUCAUCACCUGGCCGCCGCCACGCUCAUCAUGGCCGAGUACGAGACGCACAUGUUGGAGCCGGAGAUGAGCGAGAAGCAGCGUCAGGAUACAACGGAGACCUUUAAACAUCGCUACGCCGAUGUGGCACGCUGUUGGGCCAAGUAUGGAUUGUAUUUGAUGCAGACCUCCAAGCUGCGUCUGAUGAGGGACGAGGAUGAGGAUGAGGAGGCCAAGAGCCUGGAGAAGGUGAUGCGCAAUCUUCGGCUGGUCGAGGCGAAACAGUCCCGGUUUCCAGGACUCGAUCUCACCGCCUGCGAGAAUCGAAUAAGCUGCGACUAUUGCCUGACCUUCGACGAUGCCAAGCUGGUGUUCCAUUUCGUUAACGAGUGGCUGGACAUAGCCAAGGACUAUUACAAGGCCGAGAACGAGGCCACCGAGUACUCGAAGAUCAUACAGGACUACGCCGAGGCGUACGAGCACAUUGCCUUCUUCGAGGAGAAUCCGGAAAACCAGGCUAAAAUGCAAAAGCGGCGUGCCAAGUAUCUGGAGGAUCUGCUGGAUCUUCUGGAUCCCAUUUUCUAUAUGAAGAUAUGCCGGGAAUGCUGGUAUGGCGCCGGAACAGCGCAUGCCGCCGUUCUAGACGUUCGUCUAGAUAUUAUUCGAUCGACGAGUACACCGUCGCCGGAGGAAAUCAAAAAGGUCAACCAGAGCUGCAUGAAGGCCAUCAAGCACUUUGAGAGCUAUGUCAAAUCCUAUCUGGCCAAACCGCAGAGCGAGGAGUGGCGUCCCAACAUGGACGUGCAGGAGCAGCGUCUCAUGCUCUACGCCCACUUCCACAUUGGCCGCAUCUACUACAAGCUGAUCAGUGCCCAUCCGCUCCAGCAGCUGGAACACCUCGCCAAUUGUCACAAGUACUACAAGCUGUUCGAUGCCGGUUGUGAGCUCCACAAGGAGGCAGCCGAGCAGCUGCAGGGAGAGAUCGGUGUGGUGCGCGAAAUGCUGCAGCUGCUGCCUCUCAAGAUAAACACGGUCAAGGCCAGGUUGGGCUAGACCACAUUUGUCUUACCCUGAUUAAAUAAUUUCCAAAAAAAGAGUUGCAUUUGACACAAGCUUUAUAAUUAGUCCAAAUAAAACGCUUAUGCUAGAGGA